UUUCUCCUCUAGGUUCGGGUUAUAACACUCAUACAAAACAAGGUCAACAAUUCAGUCCGAGAGACUUAUGAUGCACACGGCAUCAACAAGCUCGCCCAAACUUUUUGGGGACCUCAUCAUCCAAGCUCCCCGCGUCAAAACUCCCAACACCACCGGUCCACCACCAUAACGAGUCCCAAACUCCCAAUUACACCCAUCUCUCCCAUAGACAACCUGUCCAAUCCAACAAGUCACUCCAGACCACCACACCACUUCCCCAAAUGAGCAAAAACAAGCAAAAGAAGCUCGCGAGAAAGGCCUCGUCCUCCGCAACCUCCAACGAUGCAUCGAAGCGCCAAACGCUCGCGCCCACAGCGACGCACGAAGAAGCACAACCCGGCGACGAAUCAAUAAUGUCGAUAGCCAUGACAUCGAGCGAGGGUCCCACGCUGCCCAUCAUCGGCGGCGGCGGCGCAUCGACUGCAUCGGAACACACACGGGCCGUAGAAACGCAAGCGGAGCGAGGACGAGGGGAUAAGGGCAGAGAUAACACGGCGCUGUACACGCCCUGGACGUUCCUCCCCGCGCCGGUGCGGAAGAGCCUGGCUGCGAGGAUCGCGCCGCGGGCGUGGGGCGAGUACGUCGUGCCUGUCGUCCUCACGCGGAACCAGAAUGUCAAGAGUGGGAUUAAUAAGUUGGAGAGGCUGUUUGGGGAGGUGGGUGGGGAGAGGAUUGUCGCGGUGAGUGCGCAGGGCGAUGCGACGGUUAAGGUUGUGGGGAUUGUGGAGAUGGUGAAGAGGUUGGGGAAGGGGGGUGAGGGAGAGGGCGAGGAGUGUUUUAUGUAUUUGGGGUUGGCGGAGAUGGAGAUUCAGAGGAAGGGGGAGGAUGGGAGAGGGAAGAAGGAUGGGGAAGGGGAGGGGGAAGAUAAGGACGAGUUUGAGACGCUGGAAGAGGUGAAGGGGAGGGAUAAGAAGAGGAGAGCGUAUACGGAGCCGGUUCUUACCGUUUGGAUGUCUAAGACGAGGGUUCCCGGGCUGGCUGAGGCGUAUGGAGAACAGACGUUCAGGGUAUCGACGGCGAAGGAGCGAGGGUGAAUGGAGUCGGCUGUGAGAGAUCGCUAAUAUGCGAUCUCCUUAGACUCAACAAACAAUACCUCAAGCGGAGUCGAUGCUGCAGAAGCUGCGGGGUAUCCCAGUGUUGGUCCUAUCGGCAUCUGAACAGAACGGGCAUUGUUCCCCGGAAAUCACUCUGGGCUACGAAACGGGAAAUGCUAUAGCGUACAGCCCAAAGAAUGCCAUCA